CUCGCGUCCGGCAUUUUGUAGGCAGGGAAACAGGUUUAUUACAGAUAUAUACGACAGAUACGAUGCGGACCGACCGUUGUGAUGCACAAGGCACGGGGCGACGCGGUGGGAAUGGUGGCUAGGCACAGGCUGGUACGUCGACGCAUCGAGUUCGCCGCCCGCACAAUGGCCGCCGUGCUCGAGUGCGCGCCCGCCACGACCGACAACGGCCGCGAAACACGGCGCAGUGUUCAGGGGGUCGCCGACGUCGGCGGAUGCUCCCCUGCCGACGCCGGUAUCCCGCUGCUCGCUGCGCCUUACGAUCCGCUGAGCACGGGAAUCGUCCGCGCUUCCUCCGUCCCGCCUCCCCGGACCGCAUAUCCAUCCUCGCGCGUCACGUCGCCGACUGCUUGCGCUGCCGCCCCGCUGCUUCUCAUCAGUGCUGUGCAUCGCCAAUGUAUUGGUGUCAGCGAUGCGCAGAACGUCCGUGAGCUAGAACAACCCACCGGCAGCGCGCUUCGUGCGCGCUUGCGUCACCUGCAAUGCUCACGCGUGAUGACCCCGAUAAUGCGACCAUUCGACGUUGACCCGAGGACUGUAUGCGCAGAUGAGCGUCGAAGACGGGAAGGGCGGCGUCACUCAGGUCGUAUAUGUUGUAUCGCGCGGAGCCGCGCGGGAGGCUGUUCAGAUCCGUUGCUAGAGAGAGCGAGGCUGCACAAUUGACCGGCUAGCACACUAGAGGGGAAGGGAGGGAGGGGUGUUGUGCUGGUGGUGCCGUAGCAGGGAUGCACACCCGCGCUCUUGUAGAUGCGCGUGAGGGGUGACUGUCUUCUCAAUUCACCGCAAGAGGUGAGCUGGGGGAGGGAAAGUGUACAUUGGGAGGGGAAUGGAGACUGUGGUGAGGAGGGGAGGUGCGGGAAGGGGGGCGAGGAUCAAAAGCCAACAUAAAACUUCUUGAGUGACGAUAUAGGGUAUAU